GGCCCUUUCCCAAAACUAGAAUCAACUGACUCAUCGUAACAAGUGGAGAGGCUAACAGAAGAGUUCAGAGUAGCGUGGAUCUACUGUCCUCCUCACUGCUUGUGUACGCUAGGGGCAGGGGAAGGCUAUAGAGAUGGAGAUCAAAUAGUUGGCCCUGGAGAACUAAAGAUACAACAAUGGGUACCGAUGACCAAGUCCUCAUCACCUUAUCUGGAGAGGGUCCCUGGGGUUUCAGGCUUCAAGGGGGAUCGGAGAAGAACUUACCUCUUAUAGUGUCAAAGGUACGGAAACGCAGCAAGGCAUGUCGAGGAGGAUUGAGAGAAAACGACGAGCUGGUCUCCAUCAAUGGGAAGGCCUGCGCCGGGCUAACACAUGCUCAAGCCAUGCUCAUGAUAGAUUCAAUAGGUGGCAGUCUUCACAUUCAUGUCAGAAGGGCAGCAGCUGGAGCACAGACUGCACCACGAACCCAGAGAGUCCUUCCUUCCCCAAGCAGCCCGAACCGCAUCAGAAGUCCAGACCCCCCCAGUUCAUGGGCAGCAACACAGUCAACGGUACUAACAUCUGCUCAGCCAAGACUGCUGCACCUGGAGAGCAUUACUUCUCCUCCAGACAGCGAAGCAUACUACGGCGAAACUGAUAGUGACGCAGACAUCCAAGCAUCCUCAGCUCAUCCACCUAGUAAUCAACAGCAUCACAGCCUGCAACCUUCUGCUCCAGAGAAGCACCGCAGGGCACGUAAAAAGAGUCCCAGAUCCCCACCAGGGAGUAGCAACAAGACUGAAUCUGAGCAGAAGUCUUUGUCUGAGAUGAGUGGAUAUGAAAGUGGACCUGGUGGUGUUGCUGAAUGUGCUUUACAGCCCACUAUAGGGGUGGCUAAACGUGAAAUCAUAUAUCAACCUGGGGGAAGCAGGGCUGAAACCCCUUUCUCAGAUGUGGAAGGCUUCCUGCCAUCAGAUGAUGUGGAACAAUUGCCUAGUGUUACUUCUCCUUCACCUGAGUCUCUGCUGCUCCCACAUGUUACCAAAAGCAUCCGAGCUGAGAGGCAUCUCAUUCCCAUGAUAGGACCAGUGGAGCAUCCGGUAGAUGAUGAUUUGACAACUACCUACUCAGAUAAAGCCAGAGAAGCAAAGCUGCACCGAAGUGAAAGUGUACAAGAGAAGAACGUUAAAGAGGCCAGAACUAAGUGCAGAACCAUUGCAUCUUUGUUGACAGAUGCACCAAAUCCUCAUUCCAAGGGUGUGCUUAUGUUUAAGAAGAGACGGCAGCGAGCAAAAAAGUAUACCCUAGUGAGUUACGGAAGUGUGGAUGAAGACCGUUACAUCGAGGACGAAGACGGUGUAUUUCCUACAAGUGAAUCAGAAUUUGAUGAGGAAGGGUUCUCAGAUGCCCGUAGUCUAACAAAUCACUCAGACUGGGACAGUACCUAUUUAGAUAUUGAGAAGCCAAAAAUGGAUGAGCAGCAGGUCGAAAAGGGAUUGACUGAGGCAUCAGGGAAAGGAGCUGAGUUAUUUGAGCUACAGAGACAGCGAUCAGAACAGUCCCCUGUUGAUUCUGUUCCUUUACCAAUCCCUGUUCCUUUACAACAACGUAAAGAGAAUCAAACAGCUCCAGUAGCUCCAGUCCGGAAAAAGAUGUUAAAUGGAAAUGCAAACUCUUCAGCUAUUGUAAAUAAAACCCAAGAAAUGGGUGUUUCUGAAAGCCCCAAAGUAGCAAGUACUAAUAUAUCAAUAACUCCUCCUCAGUCACAACCCACUCAAGUAGAUGGUGUUCAAGCCAGUUCUGAAAUCUUUAAUAGAUCAGCACGACCAUUUACCCCAGGUCAAACUGGCCAACGUCUUGUGGCAUCAUCAGUUGUAUUCAAGCCCAGUUCCCCAAAGAAAACAAGUGAAAUUCCACCAUCUCAAAUCAUAACUCCUUCACCCAUCCCAUCAUUCAUCCCAGAAACACCUUUAAAUGCUGAAAAGGUUCCAAUUUGUUCUGUUGCAUCCCUUUAUAUCCCAGCACCUGGAAGAGCAGAUAUGCCAUCAACUACUAACCAGGUACAAUGUGAAAGAGUUCCUGAAAAUCUAUCAAAUCAAACAACACCACGGACCACCACUGCUUCCAUAUAUCUGUCAACCCCUUCACGCCCAUCUGGACCUCAAGCAUCAGUUACACACGCCAAUGUCACCAAAUUAACUGAUUGUACUCCAAUGACACCUACUUCAAAUGUAAUAGGUUUACCAUCAACUGGGCAGGUGGAUGCAUCUCCAUAUUUCACCCCAAAAAUUUCUGCAAACCAGUCACUAGAUUCUGUGAACACAAGAGAACAGAGGAUUUCAGUUCCUGUUGGUCGUUCUGGUAUCUUAAAUGAAGCACGUAAGAGAGGUGGAAAAAAACAAAUGUUUGCUAAAGUAGAAGAAAAGAAGUGCUUACCAAGCCCUGAACUUUUGUCUAUGGUGCAGAGAACAGAUGGGAAAUCAAAACAAGAGCAAACAGGUGCAGGUUUUGAGUCUGGGCCCGAAGAGGAUUUCCUUAGCCUAGGAGCUGAAGCUUGUAAUUUUAUGCAGCCCUCAGCACGCAAGUUCAAGCUCCCCCCUCCAGUAGCUCCGAAACCUCAACGCAGAACACCAGUAGAUGAAAUUUUAAAUGGAGGUCAAGAUAUUCCACAUCUAGGAGGUAAAGGAGCAGAACUCUUUGCUAAACGUCAAAGCCGUAUGGACAAGUUUGUUGUGGAUUCAACUCCUACAUCCAGCUCUAGGCCUAAUUCCAGACCAAGAACACCAUCUCCUACCCCUUCUCUUCCCUCUUCUUGGAAAUACUCAUCAAAUAUUCGUGCUCCACCACCUAUUGCCUAUAAUCCCCUUUGCUCUCCAUUUUAUCCAUUAGCGGCAUCAAAAACUCAAGCUAGCAAAGUUGCAAGCAAAGUUAAGAAAGGUCCCAGUGGCAAACCCAGAAUGCAGGCAAUAGAUUUUAUGCGGCAUCAGCCAUAUCAGCUAAAUUCUGCAAUGUUUGUUUUUGAUGAUUCUUCCAACAGCCCAAACCAGACUCCAACAAAAAGAGACACACAAAAAUCAAAUGUAUUGGCAUCACCAGCUAGACAAGUUCCUGUGAAAACUGCUAGGGCUCAUGAGAUAAAACGUUUUUCAACUCCAGUUCCAAUGACAGCAUCAAUCAGUAUGACACCAACUGUGAUAACUCCUCGAUCUGCAACUACUCUUGCAGAGCCAGUAUGGAGAACAGAUCUUACCUGCCAACCUAUGCCAUCAGUGGUUACAGUGCCUAAUCAAUGUCAAGUUCCUGAACAGAAGACUCCACAGAAUUUCAUCCCUUCUAGCUACCAGAGUUAUGGUAUACUUAGCCCAACUAGUUCCAUUACUUCUCCCAGAUCAUCAAGUUCAACUUUCCAAGUUGCAAAGCCAAAGUUCUGUGCAGCCAAAACAGGGAUGCAGGCUAAUGUUUGGAGGCCAGCCAAAGUAAAGUUCUAACCAGGAAUGUAGCCUGAAAAGGUUAAUGGAAAAAUAGUUUGCUUAUUUAUUUUGUGUAUUGCUUAAACAAUGAGCAUCAGGCUCCUUGUGUAGUUACUACAGGACACAUGCUUAGUAGGUAAAGACUAUAAUGUGCCAGCUGCCUUAAAAACAAAAGAAAAUGCAACAAUUAAAUGAAGAAGAAAAGAAAGGAAUGAAAUGUUUCUUGAUUGGCCAGCUAAAGACAAGUUAUGAUGAACUAGUCAGAAAAGUUAAAGUAAUAAAAAGGAAUCAGUGUGAUUUAAAUGAACAAAACUUUUAUUGCUUGGUUUUGUAACGAGGAUGUACACAAAAAGGCUUAUAUGACAUGGAUUUUGUGCGGACGUUGGCUGCAGGUUGGUGCUGUAAUAAACACAAAAACUGUUGGAGCUGAAUAAAGGAUGAGUGUAAAUAAUGUGCAGCUGCUUCCAUCCUAAGGUUCAACAGGAUCCACUAAAACCUUCAACCUCAAGCUCUCAUUGAGGUUUCAGAUAAUCUUUGAAAGAGACACAGAAGUGCAUUAUAAUAUACUGUGAUCGUCUUAGUAUCCUUCUUUCCUCAGCCACAUAAAUGUGCAUGAAGUGACUGUCGUGCCUUAUUAUACAACACAGAAGCAUUUUCCUCCUGUGGAGCCCAUUUCACAAAUUGCCAUGAUAUUUAACCAGAGUGUGUUGUAUACUGGAGAAGUUGCAUUUGCUGUGUGCAUGGCUGUUUUGUUUUGCUUCUAAAAGAAUUAUGUGAACCACAUGGCAUCAAAUCAUUUAGUGAAGAUUUCACAGGAUGCAUCUGAUGUACAUUAUACAAAUGCAUAUGGUAAUAUGUGUGGUAGUUUAUGCAUGAAUGUUUGCAUUCAUGUGUUAGCAAGAACAUUGUGCUUGACUUCUGAUUUAAAGGGGACACUACAAAGCAUGUGUAAUGCCUAUAGUAUGUGCUGAGAUCACUGCUCUCUACUAUAUACUAUAUUGAUAAUUAUUUAUGGAAGUGUCCUCUUUAAUGAAUUUCAUUAUGCAGAACAUCAACUAUAAUGAUUGUUUGGAGUUUGUUGUAUUCUGCAGGCAAGCUCCUAAAAGAAAGAUGGUGAGAAUAUUUUACUAUACAUUGAAUUGUCUUCAAUGAGACAAUUUAGAGUGAAUAAUGCUUUUUUCCACUGAAUUAACGAUGGGCCAUAGUGCAUAGUGCCUUCCCAAAAAUGAGACCUACCCAACCCAAACAGUAAUGUCACCCUGCUACCCUGUAAACAGCAAAAUCAGUAUGGCAUAUCUCAUAGUUAGCUAAGGGCAAGCACAAAGUGUACCUCAUAAGUAUGAAAAAAUGUACAUAUUUUAUCUAAUUUAAUUAUUAGCCAGUAAAAAACCCUGAUAUAGGGGAAAAACAAAUUAGGCUUCUUUCUUUACAUGGUGACAUGAGACUCAACGCACUUGGCCCCAUAGUUAUUAGUAAUGUGCUAGUGUUGCUCUGUUUUACAUCAUGCUGCAUGCUUUUCCAUAGUCCUUCUCCAGAAGCUACUGAACUGAAUGACCUGCGCUUUAUAUGUCUUUCAUAAAUCACAUUUUAUGUGGCAUUGGUGAGAUAUAUUAUUAAGUAAGGAUCUUUUGUAGUAUCAAAGUUCCCCACUCCCCAGAUUCUGAAAUAAGUAUGUUUCUGAUUUCAAAUAAUAUAAGCAACUAUUUGCUUAUAUUCACUGAGGUUUGUAAAUGAAACAUGCACCUCAACAUCGGCCUAUCAUAAAUAUCAAUGGGAUGGAUGGCAGCAUCAUAGCCCAGCCCUCUAGCAUUUCAUCUGUUUGGCCAAUCUGCAAUACCAGGUAUAAAUAUAUGAAAUAUAUUUUAAUGUUGGUAUGAACAGUAUAUAAAUGACUUCUGAGACACUGCAAGCUAACAUGGGAUAACUAAGGACUUUAGGAACAAGGGGUACUGCAUGAAGGCUAGGUCCCUGGCAUCGUAGGUGCCAUCAAAAGGGCACCUUGGGGGAAAACCUCAUAAAAUUUAUAAUUGCAGGAUUUUAUCCCCCAAUAUCAGCUGAAAUCUAUGCGUGGGUUUCUUUUCUCUUUCGGUGCAUUUGGUACUGUGCUACUGGACAAACCAAGGGAUCACCAACCAGGAAAUAAAGUUCUGGAACUAACAGUAGAAAUAAAGAUCCCAUAAAAAAACUUUUAACCUGAAGAGGUAAUAAAAGGCCAAACAUUUGCACCAGGCCUAAUAACCCACAGGAAAUGUUCCCAUAUCCUAUGUCCUCAACUAAAAAAUUGCUUGCAUUAGUAAAACACAAUAUAAAAUGUUUCCGCCAAGUCAACUUCUCAGUAACUGCAUGUCCCGCUAGAGGGGUUUCCUCAGCAACAGCGAACAAUAUUAUCAGCCUCCAAUCUGCAGAAUGGGAUGAUAAAAAAUUGGUAUUGGGAUUCCUUAAUUGGUUAAGGGAAGGAAAGUAUUGUUAGAUAUAGAUGAGAAGGUUGUGAAUGUGUUGUUGCAAUUAGAAUAAAACAAUUAAACAUACAAGGCAGAAGAUUAUUUCAUGCUUUAAUUAUGUUCAAAAGUCUCAAGCAACUAACACAAUAAGUCCUGAUUUAUAAGGCUUGGCUAGUUAGAUAUAUAUAUUUUUUACUAUCAAAGGUUACUAAAAGCUUUAGUGGCAGGGUGUGGAUUUAGAACAUGCAAGAUGAAUAUCCUGCCAGUAGUUUAGGAUUACUAAUUUAUUAUAGUUUUUAGGAAAAACAAAGUAAACAACUGUUAGAGUAAUGGCACACAAUGGGCACUUUAAGUUCUGCAUUUUUAAGUAGCCCAAAAGCACACAAGACUGCCUUAUGACAUGAGUCUACUGGAGGCUUUUCAGGAGCUUUAAUGCCAUGUAUUUGGGCUACUUAAUAAAAGUACAUAAAAUAGGUCUAAAAAUAUGUGCCAUAACCCUUAGAACAUAGAACAGAAUAAUAUGAAACGCUUUAAAAAGCAGUGCAUUCGUGUCCCAGGUCAGUAUGGAGUUUUAUAAAGUGUUUCAAAUCAAAAUCGUAUUUUGUGAUGUUUUGUGUAUAUCCAUGUAUAGAAGUAUCCCACACAACCCUUUUAACUUGAUGUCCUCCUUCUUGUUUUUAGUGCUCCUCAGUGUCCAAAGCAUGAAUCCAAACAGAGGAAAUAAACUCACCCAAUAAAAAAACAGUAUUCAGUAAUCUACCCACAACUAUAAUUUGAAUAGUUGCUGAGAUGCUUAUAGGACAAAGAUGCACAAAUCUCAGGCUUAGUAGGGUAAGAUUACAGAAUGACCCCGAAUGAGUAUGCGUGGGGCAGAUAGUAAUUCAGUUUGAUAAAACUGCAUUUCUGAACAAAUAUGUUUAUAAAUGCAUCCUCAAUGGACCCUUAAGGUUCUGUAUGGUUAUGCAUACAGGUUCUGGGAAUGUGUCUGUGUCAGUGCUCACCUCUCCAGCUGGAAUAGGUUGGCAACUGCUCAACAGAGGAAGUGCCAAGAAAACAACAAAGUGAGGAUGUCAUCACUGAACGCGUGUUUUUAUCUUUAUGUUUAUAAUGAUGUAAAUCCUAUUGUUCCUUAACUCACAAGUAUUAUGCAAUAAAAAAUACCACUGUAUCGAUGGGAUCAGGUUUGGAAAUGGCAAUAAAUGAAAGCAUUCUGCUAAAAAAAAAUCCACAUUUAUAUACUUUACUCCCUAAACCAAUUUACAUUCAGUUGCUUUGGAAGCAAGAUUUUUAUUUUGUUUAUGUGCUGAAAUAAACUUGUGUGGUGCUUCUUAUAA